AGCCUCCCAGCAACAUGGCCUUCAGCGGCAAGUUUGAGCUGGAGAGCGAGAAGAAUUAUGACGAGUUCAUGAAGCGCCUCGGUCUCUCCAGCGACGUGAUUGAAAAGGCCCGCAACUUCAAGACCAUCACGGAGGUGCAGCAGGAUGGGCAGGACUUCACCUGGUCCCAGAACUACUCCGGGGGCAACAUCAUGACCAACAAGUUCACCGUUGGCAAGGAAUGCGACAUACAGGCCAUAGGCGGCAAGAAGUUCAAGGCCACCGUGGAGCUAGAGGGCGGGAAGUUGGUGGUGAACUUCCCCACCUACCGCCAGACCUCGGAGAUUGUGGGUGACAAGCUGGUGGAGACCUCUACCUACGGAGACGUGGUCUAUGAGCGCGUGAGCAAGAGGCUGGCCUAA